AUGAACAAAAAGGUUAUUCUCCUAAAAAGACCAAAAGGGAUCCCUCAAGAGGAUGACUUUGCUAUAAUAGAAGAGCCCAUAAAAGCUAAUUUCAAUGAUGGUGAAGUUUUAGUUAAAGUAAAAUGAAUUUCAAUUGAUGCAGCCCAGCGGGUCUGAAUAGCAGGAUCUCGGUCAUAUAUUGAUCCAGUCUCUAUAGGAUCAGUUGUUAAAGGAUUAGGCGUGGGGCAAGUUAUUAUCUCAAAAACCCCUCUUCUGAAAAGAGGAAAUUAUGUUGCUGGAUUUUUACACUGCCAAGAAUUUUGUAAAAUUAACGCGUCUGAAUUGUGAAAGCUACCUUCAUAUGAAAAUCCUCAACUUUACUUAUUCUCCUUAUCAUUAAUCGAUCGAACCCUUAUAAAAAUUGCUUGCUGUAAAAUAAUUCUCUCUAAGGAAGUAAAAUAUUUUUAUAUAAAAUAUUUGCAUAUGAUUUUAGAUAUACAAUUGAUAAUUACUAUAAUAAAAUAUCUAAUUCUAUUUAUAUGCUUAUGAAAAGUAUAAGUUUAUAAAAUUAAACCAAUUUUUCGUUCCAGAUUGGAUUUUUAAAUAUUAUAUGUAAAAUUUUAAAUAAAAUAUAGAUGAGAAGCAAAACUAUUGCUCACAAAGAUGGAUAGAGCUAGGAGUUUUAGGCAUAACUGGCUUAUCUGCUUUUUUUGCAAUUGAAGAACUUGCAAAACCUAAUAGAAGAGACACAAUAGUUAUUUCAACUGCUGCUGGAGCUACUGGAUCUAUUGCUUGCCAAUUAGCCAAACUAAGAGGUGCAAAGGUGAUUGGCAUUGCAGGAAGUGAAGAUAAAUGUGACUAUCUCAGGAAUGAAUUAAAAAUUGAUGCAGCGAUUAAUUACAAAACAGCAAGAAGCAUGAAUAGUGCCUUACGCGAACUCUGUCCUGAUGGAAUUGAUAUAUAUCUUGAUAAUGUGGGUGGAGAAAUAUUAGAUGCAGUACUUUUGAAUAUAAAAAAGCAUGGCAAAAUUAUCGCAUGUGGAGCAAUAGCCUCCUACAAUUCAAAAAAGCCAAAGCCAAUUUAUAACUAUCCUUUAAUUAUUGCAUUAUCACUAACAGUAGAAGGCUUUAUUGUAUGGGACUAUAAAAAUAGAUUUCAAUUGGCUACUAGACAGUUGAGCAGGCUUGUACAAGAGAAACAAUUAAUAUAUAAAGAGCACAUACUAGAAGGAAUUAAAAAAGUGCCUGAAGCUUUAAGGCUACUGAUGACAGGAGAAAAUCAAGGGAAAUUGAUUGUUAAAUUACAACACAGUGAUCCUCAUCUUUAA